AUGCGCUUCCUCCGCCAGUUGCUGCCCGCGGCCAUGGCGGCUCUCUUCGGGUCCGUGGCGUCGGUGUCCGAGCCGCGCUGCUUCCCCGAGAGCUUUAUGUUCGGCUCGGCCACCGCCUCGUACCAAGUUGAGGGCGCCGCCAAGGAGGGCGGCCGCACCCCGAGCAUCUGGGACGACUUCUGUCGCGAGAAGCCCGGCAUGAAGUGCGCCAACGUGGCCGACGACUUCUACCACCGCUACAAGGACGACGUCAAGCUCAUGGUGGACACGGGCCUCGAGUCCUUCCGCUUCUCCGUGUCCUGGUCGCGCGCCAUGAACUGGGACCCCGUCACGCGCCGCAUGAAGCCCAACGCCGAGGGCAUCGCGUGGUACCACAACCUCAUCGACGAGAUCAACGCCAAUGGCAUCACCCCCAUCCUCACCAUCUACCACUGGGACCUGCCCAGCGAGCUGCAGACGCAGCUCGAGCCCAAGGGCUGGCUCAACCCGGAGAUCGUCGACCACUUCCUCGAGUACUCGACGCUGCUGUUCAACGAGUUCGGCGGCAAGGUGCAGCUCUGGACCACCUUCAACGAACCGCUGUCCUUCGUGGGCGCCGGCUACGGCCUCGGCAUGCACGCGCCCGGCUACUCCGGAUCGGACACGCAGGCGUACACCGUCUCCCGUAACGUGCUGAUCUCCCACGCCAAGGCCGUGCAGAAGUUCCGCGAGCUGAAGACCACCGACGUGAUCAGCGACAAGGCCCGCAUCGGCAUCGUCCUGGUUUCGAACUGGUACUACCCGCUUCGCGCCGACAACGAGAAUGAUGUUGCCGCUGCCAAGCGCGCGUUCGACUUCGAUUUCGGUUGGUUCUUGAACCCCAUCGUGAACGGCGACUACCCCGCGGUCAUGCGCGAGCGAGCCGGUGACCGUCUUCCCAAGUUCACGGCGGAGGAGUCUGCGCUGCUCAAGGGCUCAUACGAAAUCUUUAUGAUGAACCAUUACGGUAGUCGCGCCAUCACUUCCUGUGACUCGGACGAGUCGAACACGCCGUGCUCGACGCUGCUGCCUGGUUACCCCGCGGACAAGGGCGUGGACGACAGCCACCUCAUGCCGGGCACGCGCCCCGGUAAGCCCGACCGCUUCGGCAACAAUUACUGCGAGAUGUUCACGGGCUACCCGCCCGGCUACCUCGACAUGAUCCGCUACCUGCACUCGCAGGACACGACGGUGGACAUUCUGCUGACGGAGAACGGCUGGUGCGGCAACGACGAGGUCGACAACAUGGACCAGCUCUGGUACUUCAAGGCCUUCGUGGAGCAGGUGUACAAGGCCGUCGUGGACGAGAAGAUCCCCGUCAUCGGCUACACGGCCUGGUCCUUCCUGGACAACUACGAGUGGGGCUCGUACGGCCCGCGCUUCGGCAUGUACUACGUCAACUUCACGGAGCAGACUGGCUCGCCCGAUUUCUACGAGCCUAAGCCCACGGACCUCGCUCGCAUCCCGCGCCCGUCGGCCAAGUGGUUCCACAAGGUGGCCACGACCAAGUGCCUCGACGGCUGGAGCGAGAUCGACGCCAAGGCUGCGACCGCCUCGCACGAGAGCAAGUCGUCCAUCUUCGGCAUUGUGUUCGGCUUCGUCGCGCUCGCCGCCGUCGUGAUCGGCGUCGUGGUGGUGCUCGUGUUCCGCCACCGCCGCAGCGGCUACGAGCCGCUUGUGUCGCGCAACUAGGUCGCUCCGGUGCGCUGAAAUCGGGCGUCU